CUUUUUUCUCCUUGGCUAUGGAAAGCCAUGAAAGUCAUUUUAGUAUCCACUCGACACAAACUGCACCUACUUCAUCGAGGGUAGUCCUGGACAACAGAUUCUGAUUCAUUUCGAACAGUUUGCUUUGUAUGUUGGAAAGGACGAAGAGGACAGAUGUAAAGAUUGGCUGGAAAUCUACGACGUAUUCCAAGACAAUGGUGAGGAGCGGCUGGUGCUUCAGGAACGCUAUUGUUCGGACACACUUCCUGGCCCCACCGUAUCUGCUUUUGGCGCCUACUCUAUGCGUGUUGUGUUCAGUUCAGACUCAAAAGGAAGUGGUAACGGUUUCAAAGCUUUGUAUGAAAUCCGUCCAGCAGCGAAGGAAGAUAUCCCAACUCAUGAAACAAAGGAAACCCGAGGUGAUGGAGCGUAUCGAUGUGGUAGAAGAAUUCGUGCUAGUGAGACGACACCAACUGGUUAUGUGAUGUCUCCCAACUAUCCGGUCAAAUAUAAUAAAGAUGUUCAUUGCGAUUGGGAGAUUAUAGCUAGGGAUGGAUACAAGAUUCUACUCACUAUGGUCAAAAUGGAAAUCGAAGGUGAAGUGACGGCAAAUAAGGCGCAUUGUCAAAAGGCCGUGAUUCGUGUAUCUGGUGCGCCUCGUCCUGAAUACUGCGGGACCAAUCAAAACGUUUUCACUCCAUUUGUGACGAAAAACAGCUCGGUGCGAAUUAGUUUUCUGACGAGUCCCGACAAAGUGAAUGGCCUGAAAGGCUUUAAUAUGAGCUGGACCGAAGUUCGAGAGGUUAAUGGUAGAAAUGAGCGAAUGUAG